AUGCCGGUUCACAAGUUAAUGGACUGGGCAAUUGGGGGUCUCAGUACGACAAACCAACAGGUCCCUAAACUGUUUUCCAGAAUUACUCUAAGUCUUACUCACACUCAUGCCACCGUUGUCCUCGAAAAACAUCAAAUCCAUAGCUUGGACUAUGACAUUGGGACUCAUAGCACAAUGAACGACGGCAUAGGCAGGAUAUCGAAAGCGCUCGCGACCAAGAUCGCCUCCAAGCUGGGCCUCACAGACAUUCCAUGUGCUUUCCAGGCACGGUUGGGCAGUGCAAAAGGCAUGUGGAUUAUCGAUAGCGACCCAACCCUCGGAGACGGAGACUGGAUUGUGACGUAUGCAUCUCAAGUAAAAUGGGAAUGUGAUCAUGAGGACAGCCACCAUCGCACUUUCGAGGUCAAGGAAUGGCCAAAAGAGCCCAGGCCUGCGUCAUUGAAUCAACAGUUCAUACCAGUCCUGGAGGCUCAGGCCAUCAACCCAGCUAAGAUGCGAAAUUCUAUUUCAGCCCAUCUGCGUCGUGGGCUAUUAGAAGAACUUGCUGCACAAAAGCUUGCCUUAGAAGACCCCGUGGAGAUGAGACUCUGGUUACAGCAAGGUGGCGGGUCAAAACCAGAAGGACCCGAUAAUGGUAUGGCUUUUCUGGGCGGUCUUCCGCGAGACAAGGAGAAGGAGAUGGCUUUCCUCUUAGAUUCUGGUUUUCACCCGAAAAGCUGCAAGUAUCUACAGGACCGCUUUUGGGAGACUGUAACGACACGAACAAAAACCCUGAAAGCAAAGAUGAAUAUUUGCGUUCCCUGUUCUGCCUACCUUCUCAUGGUUGUUGACUUCUCAUCAACACUAGAAGAGGAUGAAGUUCAUGUGUCCUUUUCCACAAAAUUCCAGGUCGAUGGUUUCUGCGACACACUUUUGGAGGAAAUGGAUGUGCUUGUAGCCAGAGCGCCAAGCCACCUGCCGAGCGACAUUCAACGGGUAAAAGUUGUCUCGAGACCCCAACUAAGACAUUUGAAGAAUGUUAUUGUCUUCUCGAUAAAGGGUCGGUCAUCUCUUGCUGAUAAACUGUCCGGUGGGGAUUUUGACGGAGAUCGAGCCUGGGUCUGCUGGGACCAAGAGAUUGUCCAAAAUUUCCGCAAUGCAGCUGUGCCAAACGAUGACACAGAUCCUGAGAAGUUAGGCCAUUUAAGAAAGCUGAACAGGUCAAUGGCUCAAAUUCGUCAAGAAGAGACUGGUGACGAGGCCGUGUGCUCCAAGUUCCUUCGUGAGUCACUCGCUUUCAACAUGCAACAAUCUAUCCUUGGAAAAUGUACCGACUAUAAAGAGCGCUAUUCCUAUCAUACCAGAAGCAUCUCAAGCAAGAAUAUUCUCAUAUUAAGCAGGCUGUUAGGAUGUCUGGUCGAUCAGCCAAAACAAGGAUAUAUUUUUACAAAUUCUGAUUGGCACCAAUUGCGUCAGGACCUGCAGAUACGGAUGCUUGAACAUGAUCCAGAGUAUAAGCUAGAACGCGCAUCUUAUAAUAUUUCUAAGCAGGCGAACCCGCAUAUCCUCGAUUAUUUAAAGCACGUGGUUGCGGAAAGAACAGUUGCAGAGGCUCUUACGGAGUUGGAAACAACUCUUAAAGGCUACAAAGCUUGCUAUUACGAUGAGCAGCUAACAAUAAUGUUCAAUCAGUAUGAUGAAUACUAUGAGGAGGAGAGUAACGAUGAGAAUCAGGCUACGUGGCGCAAUGUUAAGAAUGCGCUCAAGGAAGACAUUGAGUCUGUUGCCAAGGUAUGGAGAAAUACGAUCAAUAAGAAUAAAGAGUAUGCUGCCGUUGUCGGGUCAAUUUACCAGCAAUGGCGUCAAAUUCAACCACUACCAACCGAGAGUUCCUCCGACUUGGUUAACCUUCUUCUUCAGCCUUACAUGGCGGAUCGCCAGUCAACCUUGUGGGAGCUACUCAAAGCCUCUUUUGCAUUCAAAAAACUUAAGACUUCUUUUCCCUGGCAAAUGGCGGGGCGACAGCUUGCUAUGCUGAAGCCAAUGAUGUCUCACAGCGGAGCCGCGACUUCUUGUGUCCUUGUGGUGCCGGAACUAUAUGGUGUGCUAAAGCCAGAUAAAAAAUUAAUCGCUACGAGACGAGCGCAGCGAUUGGCAGAAACAGAGGGCAUUUAUAACUUGAGCGCGGGCGACUUGGAGGCCCUGGAGCGGCAUGAUGACGUGGACAUGGAUGAAGAAACGGAUGAUUAA